AUGAGCGGCCAAUGCGGCGUUACGUACUGCGCGAAGAAGCGCAAGUACCGACCCUAUAUAAAGGAAGUGAAGCGCGACAAGACCAAGCUCAAAUACGGCUCGUACGUGAUCAGUCGCGAUGAAACUCUGCUAGCCGGACGCCAGAAGUUCGGGGCGGCAUGGACGCUGCCAGGCGAAGCAGACGCCAUUCGACCCAUCGACCAAGGUGCUGUCUUGCCGCGGGACAUUGAGUCUCCGCCGUCGGAUCAGCGGUCCGCGCUCAGAGGUUCGAUCACGCGCGAGACUCUAACGCGACGCUACGCAUAUCGGGCGUGGAUCUCCAAACCUGAUGGCAACAAGCACAAGGGGCGCCGCUAUGAAACGGAAGAGGCGGUGCAGUUGGACCUGCUCGAAAUGCUAUGCCAACCUCUCGAUGAUGGGCAGCGAGAAGCCUUCAGCCAGCGAGGUGUCUUCACGGUGUGCCGCCACGCGCUCGGCUUGAAGGGCAUGACGUGGCGCGAUUGGUAUUCGCGUCGAGCCUUGGACACCAUUCGCGCACCCGAGGCAAUCCCACCGUCGUUGCGGCUCGAGAUCGACAAGGCCUACGGAGGGCCGCUCACGGCGCGUGCGCAUCGCGUCCAGAUCAAGUACCUCAACAAGCGCAUUCCACGGCUCGAAUGCAGCGGCGCGCGGUACGGCGCUCCUAGUGCUGUCCAGACGCUUUAG